AGUGCAGUGAAUACUAUUCACACAAGUCUCUCCAGUCUAGUCUAAUGUCAGCGUACGGCCAAUAGCGCUCGUAGUGACGCUGCAGUAGGUUGGCCCUUCGCUUGCAUUCAUAAACGGAUAUUAUAGCUAACGUUGAAUGUACUAGCUACAGAUACAGUCAAGUCGGACCAUGGCGGAAGAAGAGGACACGAAAAUACGGAUUUUACAAAGCCUGCGGGGAAAGAUAUGUGAAGGCAAGAACCUGGGUCCGUGUUCGGGGCCCAACCGACAGCGGGACCUCUGCACCUUCUGCACCAUCAGCCUGGACCAGGAGGAGGUAUUCCGGACCAAGGUGUUUGACAAAAGCCUCAGCCCUUUCUAUGGAGAGGACUUCUACUUUGAGAUCCCACGACCAUUUCAGUGUUUGUCCUUCUACGUAUUCGCCAAGGGGGUUUUUCAGAGGGACCUGCCUGUCGGUAAAGUGUCCAUCCGGAAGGAGGAACUGUGUAAAUUCAGUGGGAAGGAGCACUGGUUCGGCCUGCAGCCCGUGGACCCUAACUCUGAAGUCCAGGGAAAGGUCCACCUGGAGAUGCGUUUGAAUGAACUGAUCAUAGAGAAUGGCUCCAUGUGCCAGCAGCUACUGGUUCGGAUAAUAGAAUGCCAGGGCUUGCCUCUGAUCAGUGGACAGAACUGUGACCCGUAUGCCACUGUCUCGCUCGUUGGGCCUGCCAGGUCUGACCAGAAGAAAACAAAGGUGAAAAAGAAGACCAGCGACCCUCAAUUUGAGGAAACCUUUAACUUUGAGGUCACAAGGCCCAACAGUUACACAAAAAAGUCUAAUUUCCAAGUAGAGGAGGAGGACAUUGAAAAGCUGGAGAUCAAAGUUGACUUGUGGAACAAUGGGAAUUUGGCGCAGGAUGUCUUCCUUGGGGAGACGCGGGUAUCUGUCAAGAUCCUGCGAAAUGACCACAUUCACAGAGCCUGGUAUCUCCUCCAGCCUAAAGGGAACGGGAAGUCCAAAACAGACGACCUGGGCUCUCUGAGGCUCAACGUAACCUACACCGAGGACAAUGUGCUGCCAACCGCCUGCUACACACCGCUCCGCACGCUGCUGCUCAAGUCCCCAGACAUUAAGCCCAUCUCGGCGUCAGCGGCCCACAUUCUGGGGGAUAUCUGCAGGGAGAGGUAUGAGGCGGUGCUGCCCGUGGUCCGCCUGCUGCUCCACCACAGCCGCUUGGUGCCCUUCGUCUCCGCCAUCACUGUCCUGGAACUGGAGAACACUCAGGAGGCAAACACAAUUUUCCGUGGCAACUCCCUGGCAACGCGCUGCAUCGACGACAUGAUGAAGAUUGUAGGGCGGAGCUACCUGACGGUCACCCUGAAGCCUGUAUUGGAUGAGAUUUGUGACUCCAACAAAACCUGUGAGAUUGACCCGAUCAAACUGAAAGAAGGAGACAACGUUGAGGUCAACAAGGAGAACCUGCAGGGCUACGUUCAGAAGGUGUUCUCGUCCAUCACCCAGUCCAGCUCCAGCUGUCCCCCGCUCAUGUGUGACGUGUUCCGCUCGCUGCGUCACAUGGCCUCCAAGCGGUUCCCAGAUGAUCCUCACGUCCAGUAUUCGGCAGUCAGCAGCUUCGUGUUCCUGCGCUUCUUCGCCGUCGCCGUUCUCUCGCCACACACCUUCCAGCUCCGCCCACACCAUCCUGACCUUGAGGUCUCCCGAACACUCACUCUCAUCUCCAAGACCAUCCAGACUCUGGGGAGCUGGGGGAGCCUGUCCAAAAACAAACUGUCUAGUUUUAAAGAAUCCUACAUGUAUGAUUUCUUCAAAUCAUUCCAAGAAGACAAAUGUAUUGAAAAAGUAAAAAAGUUCCUAGAUGAGAUCUCCUCCAACGUCAGUAAGGAGUCCAGCGGGGUGGAAGACUCUGUGGUUCUCAAAGAGGGGGAGAUACAGAAGCGGGCCCAGGGAAGGAAACGCAUCGGCAAGAGGAACUUCAAGAAGAGGUGGCUCAGAGUGACCAACAGGGAGCUCUCCUACCACAAGCACAGAGGGAAAGAAGCUCUCUGCAUUAUCCCAGUGAAGAAUAUCCGGGCUGUGGAGAAACUGUACGAAAGUGCCUUUAACCGCAAAAAUAUGUUCCAGGUGCUCCACAGUGAGAAGCCACUGUACGUGCAGGCGGGGAACUGUGUGGAGGCCAGUGAGUGGGUGGAGGUGCUGAGCCAAGUGAGCCGCUGUAACCCGGACCGCCUGGGCACCUUCCACCCCUCGGCCUACGUGGCGGGGGCCUGGCUCUGCUGCAGGAGCCUGAGCGACAACCAGCCGGGCUGCAAGCCCUGCACACCUACCUUGCUGGCUAACCUGCAGCUGGACAUCGACUGUGACCGCGAGACGGAGAGAAUCUUCUCCCUCCUCACCUCCAGCUACUCCAAGCUGCAGAAGAUGGAAGAUGCGUGUGCCAGCAUCGCUGUGUACCAGGGACCUCCGAGGGAGCAGGACGACUACUCCCUGUUCACCAUCCAGGACCCCAAGGAGACAUUCCACACAGUGCAGCAGAUCACACACAUCCUGGAGGAGCUGCAGAGAGAGCACGACACUCGCAGCGGCACCGCGCAGUACGGCAGCCAAGAGAAUCCGAUAGUUGGGAAGACAUCCUAACCAGUCUAGGUGGGUCUGUCUGGCCUGAGUUCAACACUGGAGCCCCAGGGUGGCACUGUCGGGAUUGGUACUGAGAACGCUUCCUGCCUCCGCGAAUACCAAGAACGCAUUACCCCCAAGGUCGUGCUCUGCACCCCCUUCCCCGUCCACCACCGUGUGACUGGACGGACCGUCCAAUAGAGGAAGUUAACAUUGACCAGAAGCUCUCAUUGGUUCAGAAAAGGAGACACUUAGUUGUUUUUUAAAAUUCUCUUUCCCCGCCUGUCUCCAUCCCUCUCUCGUUCUCACACACCACUGCCCUAAUCAGAGGAGAAUGUGCUUGCUGUGUGUGAAUAGGCUGCUAAAAUAAUCCCUUUUAUACACUCAAUGUUUUCGAUCAUCAACCAUCAAGAUGAAGCUCUCAAUUUCUUGGGGCUUCUCUGUUUGACGUCGGUUUACGGCUAAACGGCAAGCUGAUUUUGUUUCUCAUUUUCUAUAAAAGGGAAUUUUUCUCUCCUUCCUCCUCCUCUACCCACCUCUAUAUAUUUUGUGCUUUGAACAAAUGCAGGUGUUUCAGAGUACAGUUAAGUGGAUGAAACCGAUCUGCCUUAUUUUUCUUAAUGUAUGUAUGUGUAAAAGUCUCUCUCACAUCCAUCCUCGGGUUAGGGAAUAAUGCCCAAGCACUUUACAUAUUUGGAAUAUUCCAAAUGGCAUCAUUUUAGAUACGUGGUAUCAGUAAACCCCCCACAUUGAUCAGUUAAAUGAUCUCGUUUACGUUCUCGUUUCCAUUCCUGUACGAUGACGUUUAUAGCCUGUAGAUUUUAAUAGCUAUUUUUCUUACACCAAAGAUGAAAAUUUCGUAGGAUCGACUUGGGAAAAAAGGGUAUAAAUGUAUUUUGAAUACAGACUUUUUGAAAAUGGAGAGAAAUGCAGGAUAUAUUUAGUUCAUGUACAUUUUGUUAAAUGCAUUGUUCCUCCUUUUAACGAUGUAGACGAUUUGAUUAACGUUCUAAUGUUCUCUGGAAAUGCAGAGGAACCGUGGUCGGUAGUCUGUGACAACCGCUUCACCAUGUAGUGAUGUCACUGCAUAUCAAUCACCAUAAAUCACAACAAGAUAGACAAUCCCCUUCACUUGCCAAUCUAGCCCCUUAGAUAGUCAUCACUGCAUCACUGGCCCACAAUAACUAGUAGUCAAAGCUCAGGGAUGAUAGACGAGUUUCCCACUAGUACACUGAACAAAAACAUAAAUACAAGAUGCAAUCAUUUCAAAGAUUUUCCUGAGUUACAGUUCAUAUAAGGAAAUCAGUCAAUUGAAAUGAAUUCAUUAGGCCCUAAUCUAUGGAUUUCACAUGACUGGGAAUACAAAUAUGCAUUUGUUGACCACAGAUACCUUGUUUUUUUUUUAAAAGGUAGUUGCGUGGAUCAGAAAACCAGUCAGUAUCUGGUGGGACCACCAUUUGCCUCAUGCAGUGCAACAAUUCUCCUUCACAGAGUUUAUCAGGCUGUUGAUUGUGGCCUGUGAAUGUUGCCCCACUUCUCUUCAAUGGCUGUGUGAAGUUGCUGGAUAUUGGCGGGAACUGGAACACGAUGUUGUACAUGUCGUUCCAGAGCAUCGCAAACGUGCUCAAUGGGUGACAUGUCUGGUGAGUAUGCAGGCCAUGGAAGAACUGGGACAUUUUCAGCUUCCAGGAAGUGUGUACAGAUCCUUGCGGCCGUGCAUUAUGAUGCUGAAACAUAAGGUGAUGGCAGGGGAUGAAUGGCACGACAAUGGGCCUCAGGAUCUCGACACAGUUCCUCUGCAUUAAAAUUCCCAUCGAUAAAAUGCAAUUGUGUUCAUUGUCCGUAGCUUAUGCCUGCCCAUACCAAAACCGCACCCCCACCUGUGGCACACAUUUAUAUCAGCAAACCACUCACCCACACGACACUAUACACAUGGUCUACCAUCUUCCCGGUACAGUUGAAAACCACGAUUCAAUCCAUGAAAAGCACACUUCUGUGUGCCAGUGGCCUUGGAAGAUGAGCAUUUGAUGUCAAACUGCAGUCAAGUCAAAACCCUGGUGAGAAUGAAGAGCACGCAGAUGAGCUUCCAUGAGAUGAUUUCUGACAGUUUGUGCAGAAAGUCUUAGUUGUGCAAACCCACUGUUUCAUCAACUGUCUGGGUGUCUUGUCUCAGACCAUCCCGCAGGUGAAGAAAUCGGGUGUGGAGGUCCUGAGCUUGCGACGUUACAUGUGGUCUGCGGUUGUGAGGCCGAUUGGAUGUACUGCCAAAUUCUCGACAACAACAUUUUGGUAGAGAAAUUAUCUGGCAACGGCUCUAGGGGUCAUUCCUGCAUGCAGAUUGCACGCUCUGUGUGAUAAAACUGCACAUUUUAGAGUGGCUUUUUAUUGUCCCCAGCACAAAGUGCACCUGUGUAAUCAUCAUGCUGUUUAAUCUGCUUCUUGAAAUGCCACACCUGUCAGGUGAAUGGAUUAUCUUGGCAAAGGAGAAACACUUACUAACAGGGAUGUAAAGAAAAGUAUAAACAACAUUUUGGGGACAAGCUUUUUGUGCAUAUGGGAAAUAUCUGGGAUCUUUUAUUUCAGCUCAUGAAACAUGGGACCAAUACUUUACAUGUUGCGUUUUAUAUUUUUGUUCAGUGUAACUACGAGUUGGAGGGGCGUUCAAGUGGAUUUUUUCCCCCCAGUCGUAGGUGGUAAAUGUCAAAUCAAAGUUUUUAUUUGUUGCACAGACAGAUUCGCAGAUGUUAAAGCAGGUCCAGUGAAAUGCUUAUAAAGGAUGCAGGUCAGAUAAGUCUAAUUUCUGGCGAGUGACCACCGAUUUAAUGUCCCAAAGUUGUUUUUGGUUGUAGGAAAUAAUACUACCUAAUUCUACCACCUUCCCACUUGGUUAUGAACACAGCAUUAGUCCACAUAGUCGCACGGUUCUUUAUCAUUUUAUCAGUCAACCUGUAGGAACGACAGUGUGUAAACAGUUGCCUAGAAACUUGAUAUUGGAUCAACAACAAGAAGGGAACGUGCAUCACCGUUAGUACAGGGUUAACCAUGUUUCAGAUAUAUUUUUGUUUGGCUUGUGGAACUAUUUGCUGUCAGAAGUUUUGUCUUUGGUCCGUCAUAUAUUCCCGACAUGCAUGUCCUGUAUAUUUAACUGUAUAUUUUUAUGAGUACAUUUUGUAUGUAUGUUGUUGUUUUUUUAACACUGCAAAAAAAAUCUGUGUUGGUGUGUUACGGCACCUUGUUCUUUGUCUUCAGUGGUACUAGGAAGCUGGCUGCUUUUCAUGUCAGAGUCUAAUGUUUGGUAGCUUGCUGCGGAGUCUACAUCUAUAGCUUAUGCAACGUUACAGAAUUUAACGUUGUCUGGAACACCAGGGUCGUGUUCAUCACAGCACACAGCGGAAAACGUUUUGCAAUGGAUAAAGAAAAUGGGCAUCUACCUGUUUGUCUGUUUUCUUAGGUCCCACCUGACUUUGUUUGUCAGCGGUGUUGCUGAAGGCUCUUGGCCUCAUGGUUCUUGUCCUUUGUCAGCCUAUUCUAAUAUGUAGGUAAAGAUGUCAUCAUGAGUGAGCGUGUUGGUUUAUUGGGUGUCUUUCACCAAUCUCAAACGGUUUUCAAUCAUAAGGGAAUUUUCAAUCACCGCAUCAUCUCCUCACCUUACCUUUGACAGUCAGACAUUUUAUCAUGAUGUUUCUUUAGCUUUGCCAGAACCUUUUUUUUUUGAGCCAUGAGAAACAGGCCUUGACUAACCCCCCCCCCCCCCCCCAAAAGGGAACAAGGAUUAUCAGAAACAUGUCUUACAUUGUGUGUGUGUAUAGCCCAUUUAACAAAACAUGGGAAGUCGAGUGAUGGUAAACAGUCGAUCCCUCGACAGGCCUUCGUGUGAACAGUAUCUGUGAAUUCAUCGCCAUGACAUAAUCAGCAGUCUUUUGAAUGUUAAAUUCAAUCAUUGCAAAGAGAAUCGGUUAUUUUCAUAUUUCACCCCUGUAAACCUACCAUUGCAUACAGGACUGGAGUACCUAUUUUUGUUAUUUAAACUUUUAAUUUUAUUUUUCACAACCAGAAGGUCAAAUCAUAUCUCCUGUUUUUUUGAUUUGUUCAUUUGAAAUAAUUUACAAUAAACAUGUUGCCAACCCUU